UGGCAUUUUACAAAAUAUUAAAACUGGAGACAAAAUCAUCACCACCACCAUCCCCAUCGUAAUCUACAUUAGUCCUGAUGUAUAUUGCCUGAGUGCAAACACUGAUGAAGUGUGACGUGAAACAUAAAAAAACAGGUUUCAAGAGACGCUAUUCACGCACUGACUGAUUGAAGACGAACCACAAGACUAACUACAGCGGGAAAGUCGAUUAGUUUCUGAUUGGUGAUCAAAAUGUCCAAUAAUUCAUCCAGCCCACCGCCUUCAGGUGCGUUGAACUGGCCAGAGAUCGAAGACUGGUGCAUUGUAUAUGGCGUGGAGGCGUUUUUCAUCAUUCUAGCCAACGCUAUUACAGCACUUGUCAUCAUCUACAACCAGUUUCUGCAUAAGAGGUUCUAUUAUCUCCUAUUGAGUUUGGCCAUUGCCGAUUUUCUUGUGGGUGCAGUACCCUGUCCUAUGUUUAUCUACGUCCUUUGGGGAUACUAUUCACCCGAGGGAAUACAAAGCAAAAUGGAUCCUAAAGUAGCCCAUGCACAAACUAUACUCGAGAUAUUUACAUCCUAUGCAUCCAUCUACGCCUUGGUAGCAAUUGCCAUAGAAAGGUUUACAGCUGUUGUCUUUCCCUCAAAACACCAGCGAGAAGCAUAUUCAUCAUACAUCAGUGCAAUCAUUAUAACCUGGCUACUGGCUCUACUUACGGCACUCCUUUGGUUAAUAAGGUUCAUCAAGGACAGGGUUCAUUAUGACAGGACGUUCUUUGUCAUCAUGUUUUUUCUAUCCAUAUCGCUCCUCAUCGUAUUAGUCUGCUAUUCCGUUAUCGCCUACAAAUUGUGCACCACAUCAAACGACUCCAUCAGUUACAGGAUGCAGAGGGAGUUUCGCAUUGCUUUAACCUUGCUGGUAGCCAGUGUUCUGUUCAUUGCAUUAUGGCUUCCUUUCCAAGUAGCAAACUACAUAUUCUUUUUCGACAAAUUUACAACAGUAAGCCACCACUUAAUCUACUCGUCCAAAUUCCUGCAUUACCUCAAUUCUAUGAUAAAUCCACUUCUCUACGCCCUCAUGAUGAAGGAGUUCAGGAAAGGUCUUAGAAACAUGUUUUGCUGCAGCAACGAAAUUGACGAGCCAAAAAGUACUGGUAAUGGCAAAGCAAUCAGUGGACCAGCUAGCAACCGAGGAUACCAGARCGAUGACGUCACUAUGACGCAUGUUUAUUGAAAAAGAUAGUAGGUGUUGUAAAUGCGUCUAUGGGCCAGGAAAUAGUGAGAAAACAGUAACUGGACUAGCAAUAAUAUAACCUACAAAGUCAACUCUUAGAUAUAUAUUAUGUUUAAUGCACUUUGACAAGAACAUUACUUCUUACUGAGGAAAAUGUCAAAACGAGGACACCGAAUGGAAAAGGCAUAUCAAAUCUAGUUUUAACACGCAUUCAAGUUAUACUGAUCUUCAUCUAACACGACAAUGUCAGCACAGUUCAUAUGCCCUGAUGAGUGGAAUUAAGAUAUUUACAGCGGGCAAUGUAGCUAAUCGUAGAAUUAAACACAAAUGUAGUCAAAAAAUACUUAUAUAUUCUUUUGUAAAAAACAAUUUAAAUAUGCCUUGGGCAAUUUCACACAACAUCAUUUGCAUAUUAUAUAAUCAUUUUGGCGAUUGAAAUGACAUUUUGAAUAUUCCAUAAUUAUUCUUACGCCGUCUUUCAUCCAGCAUUAACAACAAAGAUACGUUACCUGCAUUUUACUGUCCAUCAUAUUAUUAUCCGUUAUCUUAUAUAUCUGCGUUUUAAUGCAUUUGUAACGUUAUUUUUUUAUAAUAUACUGCUUUUGAUAGAUCUAGUUAUCUAUAUAGUGUCUUGUACUCAUUUAUCAAACUAUACCUUCACUUACAUAACCAGUGCUGUUUUACUAUGCUAUUCAUAUUCCAUAGCAUCAUUUGUAAUUAGAAUUAAUGUGUUAAGUAGAAAAUAAAUUGAACUUGAACUUGCACUUUAAACAAUC